AUGGCAUUAUAACCCUGCAAAAUUUUAUCUAUUCUCUCUCCAAAUCAAUUUAUGAUCUAAACACAAUAAUAAAAGAUUGCAAUUGUAGGCGAUGGAAUUCCCAACUUUUUAACAAAAGAUAAUUUGAUUGUGAAGUAAAAGUCUCUCUAAAGGUUUUUGGAAUAAUUAUCAUAUGUCAACAAGGAUGCAUUGUAUUUAUCUAAAUCGAAUCAAAUCUAACUGAAUGGAAUUGAUCUCAUUCAAAAUAUUGAGGAUAGUGAAGAGAUAUAAUUAAAUCUAGUUGGUGUAAAGAAUUAAGCACCCAAAGAAUCUUCAGUGGUUAAUGAGUUUAUUAGAGAAAAGAGAAGUAAGACACUUAAAGCUAUUUUGGUAUCUUUUGAAUAGAAUAGUUUAAACUUUCUUUACUAAAAUGACACAAUCAUCUCUGUAGUACCAAAUGCAAUAACAAUAGAUGAUUUUGGAAUUAAAGAUCAAGAGUACACAAAAUUGAUAUAGACUGAAUGGCUAAACAAAGAGUUUAAUAUCACUUUUAAAGGAACAUCGAUAAUGAGUGUUCUCUAAAAUGAAAAUGUCAUAAACAUACCUGUUUUAAGAGCUGAAUUACAUUUCACAAACUAACCAAAUAUAGAAUUAAGCAAUGAAUUUUAUUCCUCUUUAGUUCAAAAAGGGUUUGCUUCUAUUAGUGAUUGGGGAAAAUUAAACUUAUCUCAAAACUCAUUCUAGUUAUUGUAUUAGUGUUAAGAAGAAGCCAAACGAUAAAAUUUAGGAAUGUGGAAAGCUGGAGAAUUAGAUAGGGGUAUGCUAAACUCUGUCACUUCUUAAUUAUAAGGAUAAGUAGUUGAAAUUAUUGAGGCAAAUUAAUUCUAUAUAAAAACUAAUACAGAAAAGUUGAAUAUAAAGUUAGAUAGGAUUUUCAUUGAAGGCUAAGAAGCAAAAGAAUUUACAAGGAAAUUAUUGAUUGGAAAAUAAGUGUAUGUUUUAUAGGUUGGCGACAACACUCCUUUGUAUUCUAUUCAAUUAAUUGAAAACAAUCUUGAUAUAGAGGAAGAACUUAUUUCGAAUGGAUGGGCUACACCAAAAGAGAGCUAUCCUGGCCUAUCCAAAUUCAAAUAUUAAUAAUUUAUAUAAAUUAAUUAGAUUGCAAAAUAGAAAAAACUAGGAUAAUAUAGUCAAGAAUUAACUUGGAGAGUUGAAGAUUAAACAGACUCCAAAUCAGGAAAGUGUGUAAAUGAAAUAAUUUGGUCAAACAUUUAGAGAGACAAGUAAAGUGCCAAAUAAUCUGGAGUGAGCACUGGGAUUAGUAUAAAGGAGGAUUAUUUAUUAGAAGUUUUGAUCGAUAAAAUUCACCUCAAUGGAUCGUUAUAAAUGACUAUCAUUAAAUAUCAUUCUAUGGUCAACUUUUAAAUAAAUGGAAUUACUAAUUUACAUGAAUUUGAAACAAGUUUUCCAUCAAUAGCCAAAUAUCAAGAACAAAGGUAUAAUUAUACAUACAAUCUAUUGAUGUAAAGAAAUGUUUGGGUGUAUUUUGAACAUUUCAACAUUUAAGAAAACCAUUUUUAUGGUAGAAUUUAUCUCAAGAAGAAUAACAAAGACAGUGAUUUUACUAUAAAUUUAUUAUCAGAAGGAUUAACAUUUAUAAAAAGCAAUACAGAUUAUUAUGAUAGGUAUGAGGAAGCCUAAAAAUAAGCAGAAGAAGAUAAAAAAGGAUUUUGGGUUGAAUCAUACGCUCAAUUCAUUUUGGAUUUUAUCCACAAUAAGUAGUCAUUGAAAAAGUAAGUAAAUGCAAUAGAAAACAUUUAGGAACACGAUAAUUAGUUAAUAGAGUAAGUGAUUGUUACUGUGGUUAAUGAUUCUAAUGAAUUUUAUAUCAGAAGACAAAACAAUCCUGAAUUUGAAGAAUUAGAAAUUUAAAUUGAAAAUGCAGAGUUAAUUCCUUUAAAAAAGCCAGUUAAAAAAGGAACACUUUGUUUGGCUAGAUUUUCAGAAGACAACAGAGUCUAUAGAGCCUAAGUCAUCUAAGCAUUCAAGAAUGAUAGAUUUUUGGUUAAAUUCAUUGAUUAUGGUAAUAAUGAUGAAGUUGGAUACCAGGAAAUGGGAGCGCUUCCCUCUUAAUUUACUAGUAUCCCUUAAUAAACAAGGAUGUGUUCUUUGGCAUAUUUAAGAUUUCCACCUCAAACGCAUGAAUUUUCAGAAGAAGCUGCUGAUAUUUUGAGAGAAUUGAUAUUAGAACAGUCGUUUGAUUGCAAAGUUAAAUACACUGAAAAAAGUGCAAAUAGGCAUUUUGUAACAUUAUAACAUUAAGGGCAAUUGGAUGAAUUAUAGUUUACAAUUAAUAAAAUUGCACUAGAUAGAGGUUUAGGGCGUAUCGAUCAUAGACAACCUUAUAAUCCAUUGAAACAAUUCUAAAAUUGUGAGUUAGAUGCCAAAGCCAAUGGGAUUGGUAUUUGGGGAUUUGAUGAUUGUUUGGAGGAUGAAAAGUAAUUUGAAGAUGAGUAUGACUUCUAUUAGUGA